GAAUGUGUCAAUAUGAACAAACGCAACUUUCGGGAAGCGUUUGGAUUUGCAAGAAACGAGGGACUUGAAAUUGGGUCCUCUCCUUUCGACAACUCUGUUGACCACCCAUCUGCUGCUGCAGAGGACAACGGGACUAAAUCAUCGAGCUCUAGGACCUUCAUUGCGCUACAAGCGUGUGAAGCAUGCCGUGCAAAGAAAACCCGCUGUGAUGAGGGUAAGCCUUGUGGAUUGUGCCAAAGUCUUGGAAUCGAAUGCCAAUACAAGGAGCGAAAAGCUACAAAGAAAGAAAUUUCUUCAGCAAUGCUCAUGAAUGGCCUGAGAAGAGUCGAAACAAGACUUGAAAGCCUGUCGCAGCAAGUUUCAGGUAUCACUUCGAGUUUGGCAUUCCAGACUUCACCUAGAACAGAAGAUGUCGUCGAUACCAAUCUUCUUCUCUCGACAGACAAUAGCAAAGCCGCAGUUGCUCACUCACCAUCUGAAUCAAGGCUCAGGCCGGCGUUGUCCUCCAUGGACGAUCUCAACCAGGAUAUUGACGUACUCGAGACUCCAGCCUCAGCAUCCAGAACAGCUAUCUCGUUCAGUCAGCAUCAUGUACUAUUUUGGCCUGCCAUUAAUACGCAAAUUACGACUGCUGUACCCUCUUUACUUUCAUCCCUGCAAAAAGAAUACGCGUCAGAUCUCGAAAUGGAGAGAGACAAAUUGACAAUGGCAACCAAUCCAUAUCCCCUGGGAGUGGGAGAUGCGUGGUUGGACAAGUUGCCCUAUUCUAUCAUCACCGCUCUGUCUGAGGUGUAUUUUGCUACUUUCAAUCUCAUGUCACCAUUGCUUGAUCAAGACGCAUAUAUCUACGACACCCUUCCCACGAUUCUCCGUGGUGGAUUUGGACAUGAUAUGUAUAGCUGUGUGGUUCUCAACGUUCUUGCGCUUGGAUGUAUGUCCGUCAAGGGAUAUCAGGAAGGGGGGUUCCCAUUACCUGCAGGUCAUGGGAGGCAAUCUAACGCAACCGAGAUAUCAUUUGAAAGUCCGGAAUGGGUUGGCAUCAUUGGCGAGGAGUAUCCGGGGUUGAGUUUCUUCAAUGAAGCUAGGAAACGAAUAGGCGCUUCGCUUUGCGAGAAUGACCUCCAGAGCUGUCAAUUCUAUCUUCUUUCGGGUAUUUAUCUGAUGCAACUCGUUCGCCCCACCGACGGAUGGGCAAUGUUCAGCAGAGCAUGCGUCUGUUGCCUGACCAUGCUGAAGAGUGACCAAACUGAUCGCGGUGAUUGGGAAGCAGACAUGCAAUGUCGAGUCUUUUGGACAACGCUGAUGUUUGAGACAAUCCUGAUUCAAGAAUUAAACUUACCUAACAGCGGUCUCCGACAAUUCGAAAACGAUGUUCCGAUUCCCAAGUUCUCUCCAUUUCCACACCGAGGCAGACAUGGCGCUCGCGCUGCUGAGAGAGUUGAGAAUGAUACAUUCUUUCAGUUCCACUUCUUAGCGCAAGUUGCUCAUCGCAUUCUAUUGAGUCGUAUUCGACAGACACUGUUCUUCUACUCCCCAUCGGAAGAAAACUUCCCACCUACAUCGCUCGUUUCUGAGUUGUAUCAUCAGCUUGAACAGUGGCGCGACAGUCUACCUGAAAGCAUCCGCAUCGAUGAGAGCGCAACACCCUCUGUCCCUAAGACACCUAUGCACGCCUUCGUACCGGCAAUAUUAUAUACUCGGUAUAAAGUUGCGAAGUUUCACCUCGGUCGUCCAUUCUUAUACAAAGCACUCCAUAACCCAUCAUCUCUAGGCGACGAUGACCUUCAAGCGUGCCACUCCAGCUUAAUUGCCGGCAUGGAUUGGCCACAUACGUCUGACAUAUGCAGAGACAUGCCAAGCCUGCAGCCACUGAAGUUCGCCACUUGCAGUCAGUACUUCGGCCAACUCCUUGUAUAUUGGGGCAUCAAAAGAUCGCCAGAUUCGCGUGUCAGAGAAGUAGUACCGGAAGGUUACGAAAGGUGGGCUUCUGAAAUGAUGGGUUUUCUGAGAGAAUGUGCUCCACAUAGCAUGACGGUUUCGCGAGACGUGGAGAUUAUAGAAGCUUUGGGUUUUGGCAAGUCCUUAAAGCUAUGAAAAGGCAUCAUAGUCUUGACAUUUGGUUUGUAAUUACGGAAUGUCCAACAAGAAGUUAGGUCGAGC